CCGGGGGGCUUCAUUCAGUACUGUCUGUGGUGGCCUCGUCUCGUAGUCGGCUUGACGGAAAAGGUUUCUGCAACCUUAGAUUGUGAUUGGCUUCCAACGACGCUUGCCAUUAAUAUCGCUACAGCGGAACUUUUCCCCAACUACUCAUAGCUAUAAUACGUAGUAGAUUUAGAUUUCCCGACCAACUGUACCUUAACAGUGUCGGAGGAAAGAUUCGUUUCGUCACCGUACCGCCCGUUCAUUCUUUUUCGAUUUUAUAGAUCAGAAGCCAUUCAAUUUCAAUAGCUUUCUUGAUCUCUGUUAUCCUUCUUUAUACGCCGCCACAUCGGUGUUUAAGGCUUUUUGCUCUGAAAUCUAGGGUUUUGCAGAAUUGGGUCAGAAAUGGUGAGCAAUUAUCAGGAUCGGAUAGGGACCUACUUUGUGGAGCUGUGGAAGCAGAACUCGAAGGCUUCGGCGGCGGAGAUGGAGGCGAAGGACGAGGAAGAGGAGGCUCCGACGGAGCUCAACACUGUCAACAUCUGCGGGGGUUUCUCGAAUGUCCUGCCGGACAAGCUGUCGGUGCAGUACACGGUCGACAACUUGCACGGCCACGACGUCGGCGUCGUCCAGGCCAAUCGCCCCGCCCCAGUCAAGCGCAUUGUUUACUACUUCGAGAUUUUCGUCAAGAACGCCGGCGCCAAGGGCAAUAUUGCCAUCGGAUUCACCAUUGAAGGUUUCAAGAUGCGCAGACAACCCGGUUGGGAAGCAAAUAGUUGGGGAUAUCAUGGGGAUGAUGGGUUUCUUUACCGCGGGCAUGGAAGAGGAGAGGCAUUUGGCCCAACCUACACAGCUGGUGAUACAGUUGGUGCUGGUAUCAACUAUGCUUCACAGGAAUUCUUUUUCACUAAAAAUGGCGAAGUAGUGGGAACAGUGUGCAAGGAUGUGAAAGGCCCCUUAUUUCCAACUAUUGCUGUUCAUAGCCGAAAUGAGGAGGUCAGCGUCAACUUCGGGAAGAAACCCUUUGUUUUUGAUCUUAAGGCAUAUGAAAAGCAAGAACGAGCAAAGCAACAGAUGAUGAUUGACAAAAUUUCCUUGCCGCAGAAUGUCAGUUACGAAAUAGUUCACUCCUAUUUGCUGCACUAUGGCUACGAGGAUACACUCAAAUUAUUGGACAUUGCCAACAAAAGUUCUUUCGCUCCUAUCUCAUUGGCUCAAGAACGUGGCUUUAAUGAGCAAGAUGACAUGUAUGCAUUGCACCAAAGAAAGACUCUUCGUCAGUUAAUCAGGAGUGGCAAAAUUGAUGAUGCAUUUGACAAACUUCGUGAUUGGUAUCCUCAAAUUAUUCAGGAUGACACAUCAGUUACCUGCUUUCUGCUGCAUUGUCAAAAAUUUAUUGAACUGGUUCGGGCUGGGAAACUGGAGGAAGCUGUGGCAUAUGCAAGAACUGAAUUCGAAAAAUUUUAUAAGUCAUCAGAGUUCUAUGCUCUAGUUAAGGACUGUGCUGCUUUAUUGGCAUAUGAACAACCACAGAAGUCCUCGGUUGGAUAUCUACUUGAGGAGUCACAGCGUGAGAUUGUGGCGGAUAACAUCAACUCAAUGAUCUUGUCUACAAAUCCAAACGUGAAAGAUUCAGAGGGUUGCUUGCAUUCAUAUCUGGAGAGAUUACUCAGACAACUCACCGCUUGCUGUUUGGAGAGGAGGUCGUUGAAUGGGGGCCAAGGCGAAGCUUUCUAUCUGCACAGGGUGCUUAACAACGGUGGUAAGUAAAAGAGUAGGUAGUUGACCAGUAAUUUUCUUAUGGUCUCAUCUCACCUUGUUCAUAUAUGCAAGCAGCAGCCGCCCAUGAAUAGGAGGAUAAGAGGGCUCUCACCCCUUGCCAAAAAAUCAAGGGGGUCCUCUCUCUAUCCCUCCUGGAAGAUGUAAACUCAAAAUGUGAAUCGAUAAAUUCCAUGGUUAAUGAACAAUCUUUUUCAUAUUGUACACACAA